AGCGUUUUGGUUCGAGUUCUCCUCGUCCAGUCCAAAAAAAGUUCUCGUUCGAUUUUGGUGAUCACACCGACGGGUCCUGGACGAACACACACGAACACGGGUUCUGUCCCGACGAUGGACGAAUCGCAGGACAGGUCGUACGAGUACGAGUACGAAUUGUACUGUGUGUGCUGUGCUGUACGAUGUAGUGCGGACAGAAGGAGACGUUCUCGUUCUACUAGCUGGCACGGUACUACACGUACACAUACGUACGCUCCUUACCAAUCGAUCGUUUUGGUUUCAUUCACGAAUUCUGUCCGAUUCGAUCAAGGAUGGGCAAUGGAACGGAAAGGACGAGCAGGAGGAGUGGAAUCAACUCAAUGAACGGUACCUACGAACUUACGUACGUACCGUAUGCACCUGUAACCUUCUACACCGUGCCGCAUCAGCCGGCAGCAGCGGGCCGCAACAAGAAUGAAGAACCUCCACCGUACACAAUACGAUACCGUACCGUACCGUACAUUACAAAACAGCGAAUCCCACAAGCCGCAGGGCCAAGGCUUCACAAGAACAACAAGAACAACAACAGCGGCAGCGGCAGCAGCAGCAGCAAGAGCAAGAGCAACCACCAAGCGAUCGCACGGUACCCCGCCCAUCCCAGAACACCGCAGCCGAGACAGCCGGUCGCAUCGGAGCAAACGGAAUUCCCCAAAGCACACCGGAGCGCAGCGACAAAGCCUCCGUUCCUUCCUCUUGGUUGGGUGCUCGUCCUUUUUCGUUUUCGUUUCGGAAGGCCUUUUUCACCGGUCGUUUGCAGCGCAGCGCACCGCAACGCACAAGGAUGCAUUCCCGGGCGGCGGCGCGGGCAGCAAGAAUCGCCACCCGCCUUUCGGGCGGAAGAACGCACGGACCGGCCCCCCGCGGCGCAAGCGUCCUCUCGAAGAACGACCGCAGCGUUCGCGCUCGUCACCUUGGAGAUCGCCUCGCGGAAGGGAGGACCCCCCCCUACCGGGGCCUGUCGUCUGCGGCGGCGGAGGCAAAGGGGGAAGGCCCACCGGCCCCCCGGAGGAGGGCCCUGCCCACCAAGGACCCGAUCGUGCUGGUGCGUACUUUUGGCCGUCGUUGUGCCCCAACCGUGUUUUGGUGUGUUGGUUUGUGUUUGGCGAUUGCUCGGGUGUUCUUUGUUUGCAGUCGAGUUGGGUUGGGGUUGGGGUUGAGUCGAGUCGAGUCGAGUUUAGGUUGGUUCCGGUUCUGGCUUGCGGCGGCAGCACGAUUCCCGAGUGACCCCUCGGGCGUACGAAUCGAACCGAACCGAAUCGCGCCGAGUUGCGUUGCGGCAUCCCAACUACCAGCAACCCAACCCCUGUUGGAAUCCCGCUCGAACGCUCGGUUGUCAAUAGAUUGCGACGGAUCCAACGAAUUCCAAAAUCGAAACGACCAACACUCACCGUUUUCUUGCCUUGCGUUCCCGUGCACCAACACUUCGUAUCGCCGUCGUCUGGGGGAAUCGGAUGCGACGAAACGAAACAAAACAAAACAAAACAAAACAAACCGAAAUGCGAUCACGCGAACAAACGAUUGCGAUUCAACGAAACGACAAUCGACAAACGAACGAUCCAAAACCGCAACACAACACAACACACAGACGGAACAGGCGGCCGAGCGGAUAAAGGCAAUCCUGGAGGGAGACAACGCCAGGGGAGCGGUCGGGAUCCGGCUGGGCGUCAAGCGCCGGGGCUGCAACGGCCUCUCGUACACCCUCAACUACGCCUUUGAGGAGCCGGAGAAGGACCUCAGGAUGGAGGCCCACGGGGUCACGGUCUUUGUCGAGCCCAUGGCACUCUUCAACGUCGUCGGGACCGUCAUGGACUGGGAGGAAACCGAGCUCUCGAGCGAGUUCACCUUCAAGAACCCCAACUCCAAGGGCGAGUGCGGGUGCGGCGAAUCCUUCACGGUGUGAAACCAAACCAAACCAAACGAGGAGAGGCGAAGCGCAACCAACCACGAAACGGAGCGAUGGGACGCGCACUUCCAUACAUUGCAAUGCGAUCGUUGCCAUGCGGUGGAAUGAAAUCGCUGCGACGCGAUACGAGGCAAUGCCUUGUUUUGGGAACCGAUCGGGCGGCUUGCGUGUGUGUGUUUGUGUGUGCCUCCGCCACCCUUCGUCUGUCUUCGAAUCGCAAAACGAACGCACUCCCUGCCGCGAAACAAUCGAACGCAACCACGUCGUGGCGUUCCCGCUGUCUCAUCUAUGUACGAUACAAUACGAUACGAUACUACAUACAAAUAAGAAUACAUCAAUUAA